CUUGAAUAUCCCCUGAUGGUUUCUGAGUCUGGCCACAGGUUGGACAGCGGCUCCCCGUUCUGGAGGAUUCAGCUCGAUCAGGAUCUUCUGGACACGAUCAGCGCGAUAUAUCCGGAGUGGUUUAAGGACUAUACCAACACCCGUGCCUCGACCUCCUCUUCGUCGAGUACUUCCGGUGUACAGUUGAACACCGAGGGGAUCGUGGCAGCCGACACCAGCGCCGUUCUCGAGCACAAGGCCGUCAAAGGUGACACCAAGUCCAAGCCCAAGGCGAAGAAGGUGGACUGCUUGAAGGAGAAGGAAAGGGACAGGAAGGAGGCGAGCAGGCGAGAAUCCAAAGACGAGAGGGACGCUGGAAACGGUAAGAAAGGGACGAGGGCCUCGCCGCAGCAGGACAAAGCGGCGGACGUGGCAGGAAGGAAGGCCGCGGGUGUUCCAGGAUCAGGCGCUGAGAUGGCCGAGGGUAAUCAGUCGCCGCCGAAGGCGGAGGUCGACGACUCGUCGCUUCAACACGCCAUGGAUCGCAACAAGGAAUCGCUGAAGGUGAAGCUUACGCUGAGGCGACCCAUCAACCAGCUGGUUGCGCAAGGGAUCAUGCCAUCAUUGAAGACACCGCCGGCGUUCCACGAGCAGAGGAAGCAACUGGAACGGGCGAAAACCGGUGAUCUUCUGAAGGCGAAGAUCCAGCAGAGACCGGGCAGGGAGGAGCUGGUUAGGCAGCAUAUCCUCGAGGAUGUGGGUCACGUGGAUCCAAGCCUGGCCGAGAGGCAACGGAUGCUGAAGAAGGCCAGGUUAGCCGACCAGCUGAACGACCAGCUCAGCCAUCGACCCGGACCGCUCGAGCUCAUCCAAAAGAAUAUUCUCCACACGGAGGAGCCUAUUGAAAGGGCGGUCAAAGAGGGUCACAUUCCCUUCAAGGCCACUUGCGAGGGCCAAGUAACGAAGCCCCAACACCCAGACCACUACAUCACCUUCGAGGAUGACUCCCAGAGCUCGGAAGGCGCGCCCUCGCCCCAGCUCGAGUCCCGGUCGGACGUUCUGGAAACGGCUGCUGCCUCGGCCGGGAUAGUGACCGUCUCCCUCAGUAUUCCGACGACAGGCGGUGCCGUGGUGGUCUCGUCCACGUCGCCCGUCUUCCAACAAGCGUCCAACGAGUCGACCAUACAAACUUUCGCGGAGCUGUGCAACACCGUGGUCGGCUCCCAACAACAGCAGCAGCAGCAGCAACAACAACAACAACAACAACAACAGCACCACCAACAGCAGCAGCAAUCCCAUCAACAGGCCCAGCAUAAUCAGCAACAACAUGCUUCCACGCAGGCGAGUCAGACAAACGGUCCAUCGACGACGACGACGACCCUCCUUCCACUGGCGCCGGCGCCGAGUCCGAUGUCCUUGGGCUCGACCACGUCCAGCCUGAGCCCCCUUUCCAAUAUAUCGAUAGCGUCGCCACCGGCACCACCGCCGGCCGCCAUCACCCCCAGGCCCCAGGCGAGCCCCAUAGCAGCCGCCUCCACGUGUCAGAGGAGCGACGCGCCCGGCAAGGAUAAGAACAGGAAGAAGUCGAAGACCAAGAGUCAACCGAAGACCCGUACGAUCAAGUUUCACGAGUACAAAGGGCCGCCAAACGCGCAGAAAACCUCGGUGUCGUCCACGACUUCCGGUCUCGGCUCGGCACCACCCGGCGAGACCAGCUACGAGCUUCUUCUUCAGCAGCAGCAGCUAUUCCUUCAAUGGCAGCUCGAAUGGCAGCAUAAGUAUCCUCAGAUCAUUCUACCGGCAGCGCAAAAGCCGUUGUCGUUGAACAGUAGCGGGGCAAGUGACGCUGGUAGCAUUAGCGGAAGCAGCUUGAACGCACCGAGCCCCGCACCCUCGAAUUCUUCCAACAAUCCCUCGGAACAACCACCUUUGAGGCCUUUGGGCAAGUUGGAAGAUAUGAAAGUAAGUGAUCUCAAAGUGGAAUUGAAACGUCGAAACUUGCCGGUAUCUGGCUCGAAGCCGCAGCUGAUCGAGAGAUUGAAGCCGUUCACGGAAUCGUCUAGCGGCAACUCGACGUCUAGCUCGAAUGGGCCCCACGUGACGCAUAUGGGCCACAUAUUGAUGGACACUCCGGGGCCAAUGACAUCCGACGAGUCUAGCUCUCAUGCCAAGAGUCCUGGCUCCGCCGUCAAGGACGAACCGAAUAGUCCACGGACCGAUUCACCGCAUGGUAGCGAGCACGACGAUCCAUCCAGUCCCCCAGGAGACGACAUAAUCAAAGAGCAAAGGAAACGGAUAGAAGAGUUGCAACGUGAAUUGUACAAAUCUCAACAGCAACUUCAGCAGAUCCGUCAGACCCAACCGUCUACGGUCCACGCUGAGAAGUUGGUGCUGCAACAACAUAUACAGAACAAGAUGCAGCAGCAGCAGCUGGCGCUACAUUUGCAACAAUUGCAACUACAGCAGCAACAGCAGCAGCAGCAGCAACAGCAGCAGCAGCAGCAAAGUCAACAACAACAGCAGCAGCAAACGCAGCAACAACACGCUACGUUCCAGCAGCUGAACGCGAAAGCUAGCCUCGCCGCGUUCCUGCAGGCACAGCCAAAUAAUACUACUGCCAUUCUAGACUCUUCCACUUUGACCGCGAUUAACAAUAAGAAGAACCAGACGAAGAACAGCGCCACGGUUCAAAUACCUGCUGCGAUAGUUUUUAAUCUACCCAAACCUACGAAAUUGAAUGGGACAUUGUUGAGCGCCUUGGUGGCGCAAGCCCAACAACAGCAGCAACAAACCGUUACCGCGGAGGAUGGAAAACCGCCGCCACCUCAGUACGACGAAGCCGCGAAGCUAUUGAAGGUAAAGAUUGAACCAGUUCAAAAAAGUCAUAUCAAGAGUCAAGUGGUGGACGACGUGCUGGAGAUCCUGAUCAAGAAUGGCGAAUUACCACCGAGCGCCGCGCAGGACCCGGCCACGCCAACGACACCAAACAGACAGCUACAGCAAAACUUAGUAUUCACAGCGCCAGCGGAUAGUCAAAGUCAUUCGUUGGUUUUCGCCGCCGCUAGUCCAAUCAGUCCGAUCAGCCCCAUCGCGAUGGAGGUUUCCCAGAGCGAUUGCGUGAGUUCACCGGCGCCGGCGCCACCGCCACCGCCCCCUUUGCCUCUGGCAACUUUCUCUAUACAGCUGCCAACCGCGUUACAACAGUUGCAGCAGCAGGAGGAGAUCUCCUCGUUCAACACAGACCUGUUAACUUCGGAAGGUGAGCUGGACGCCGCGAUGCUUCUCAGCCCGCAGUCAAAUCAGCAAGCGUCGCCCGAUCCUCAACCUCCUCAAGAAGUAACGUCCUCGGAUAACGCGAAUUUAGACCUUAAGGAACUCGAGCUAGACCUCGAGACCUUGGACACGAUGGAUUUCAGCCAAUUGGAUUGCGACUUAGGUGUAAAGAUGGAAGCGCCUCAAGAGUUGAUGGACAUCGGCGACAUGCCCAUGGACAUGGAUGAUCCAGACUGGCUCGAUUCAUUGAUGCCACAAUCUCCACCAACCUCUUCCACGACAGUGACGAAUCACCAACCGGCGCCACCGACGAGUUUGUCGAGCGGCACGGAUAUUUACGAUCCCCUGCUAGCCAGUAGUCAAGAUCCGUUUGAUCUCUUCAACAUGGAGGACUCUGAUUUCAAGAUGUCUUCCGAUCUUUCAUUAACCUGGGACAAAGUCGACUUCGCGACCUAGCCCGAGAUUUUUCCUCGGAGCUCGGCCUUGUGUACUUAAAUCAACGGGAAACGAAAAAAAAGAUCCAGCGAAGCACAAAGACGAUCCAACGGCAAUGCCAAGUGCUAUAUAUUGUGAUUAGUCUGUGACUGUUUUUUGGUGCAUUUUUACGAACCGUUUUGCAGUUGCUUGCCUCUGACAUUGUUCUCCAGCGACUUCGGCGCUGUGCAACUUCCCGUGAACGUUAAAAGAAUUGUACUUACACGUAAAACUUACGCUACUUGUUAUCAAGCGGAGAACUUUCUUACGAGAGAUAAAAAAAAAGAAAAAAAAAGAAAUUAGGAAUAACUAGCUGUAUAAUUUUCAAUCGAAGUUCGAAAUUCUAGGUGAGUAAUUUAUAUAAGCGUGAAAAAAAGGUGCAUAAAAUUGCGAGAGGAUCGUAGCGUGAAAACACAAGGGUGAGAACAAGACCACGAAGCAAUCGUUUCUAAGGGAUUUUAUAAUAGAAGAUAAUUGUCAGUAGAGAAUGCACGUAUACUUUGGUCUUCCUCGGUCAGUAUGAGUACCAAUGCACAGAAUUGUCGUUCUUUCGUUUCAUGGAAUCGAUCGAGCAUUGGAAUCGCGUGAAUCGUUUUUUGUAAUCGUUGCUACUUGAAAUCAAUAUAACGAUCAAGAGCUCAAGAAAUGGUUUCACUGGAAAAUGAUAUCAUGUAUUUCGAUCGAUCGUUCAUUCGAAAGAAACGAACGUAAAGAUAUGCGAGGACGAAUCGCUAAACGAAAUAGCGGAUACGUUCCGCAAAUGGAAAUAGGACAACAACGACGAUAUCUUCAAAAUUCUCCAAAGAAUUUCCUUACGAGCGUUUUUAGCUAGUUUUUACUAUCCAGUCUACAGUCGUGUGUUGCUUGAGUUUUAAUAACUGCGAAUAGCGUGUGUGUUAAACAGGAAAACGGGAAAGCUGCGUAUAUGUUUUUCUCGUAUGCUUCCCUCAUCCAAUCUCAUUUCUGUCGAUCCCAUUUCUCCAAAACAAAACCGUAUUCAAUUAUAAUGUUAUAAUUGGGAUAAUUAUUUACGAGAAUAUAUAUAUAUAUAUAUAUAUAAAACAUGUAUGUAUAUAUGUAUACACGUAUACAUAUACAUAUAUAUAAAAUACAAUGUAUGCCGAGUUCGAAAGUAAACAUGCGUUGAAAGAAGUAAAAAGGAAAAAAAAAAAUAAUUAAAAGAAAGAAAGAAAGAAAAGAAGUGAAGAAAAGGAAAAGCAGAAAAAGAAAGUUCGACGGCUUUCCCGCACAGCUAUACAUAAUUUUUCUAAGGCAGAGCAUGUGAUGUUAGUGGUUACACAUACAUAUUUUAAUCAAUAAUCGCAUAAAAAUUUUCAGAAUGGGUGCGGACAAAAGUAUACCGAUGUCAGGGUAUUGUGCGGUUCUCCUGUUUUUUCGUUUCCCUUUACGAAUCUUUUUUGUUGUUUUUUGUGACAUUCCAUGUUUUCAAACGAGGAAGAAAUCGAAGCUACGCGUACCACGAGCCGCGCUUUUGUCCAUAUAUUUGAGCAAAAGUUAAGAAGAAUUCGUCUCAGAAUUUCAAUUGAUCAACCGAAGUUUCUAACCUAACUUUGUAUUUCGCAUUCGGAAUAACACAUGUUUAUAAUGAUUGAAUCAUAUCAUAUAAGGCAAUAUUAUAUACAAUAAACAAACUUUCUAUUAUGUUUCGUGUUAUUAUACUAUAAAUGAACAUAAAAUAGAAAGCGUAAAGUCCUGCAUUUUUCUGAGGCAUUCUUUGCAGAACCAAGUGGCUUCGUGCGCCGACGUAACGAUAAAGGAUCGCACUGCCUAAGUCGGUAAUAAAGAGCGAAUGUAAUGAAUGCAAUGUUACCUAGCGUGAUUAAUGUAUGUGAAAAUGUAUGUGAGUGUAUCGAAACGAUUUUAGCGUAUGUGAUCAGCGAUGGUGCUAAUUGAAACCCCAUUUAGAGCUAUCAAAUUUUCCUCAAAAUGUCACAAUUGAAUCACAAAGCAAUCUUUUACAUUAUAGUCCAACAAAAUUAUUUUAAUUUAUAUUAUUUCCAUUGAAGCAAGAAUGUCAAUUUAAUUGUUUGCUGGACAAAUGAAUGAAUUCAAAUUUACGGUGCAAAGAGUGCUUUAUCGAUUCAAAUGAUCCCUUAUUUUUGAAAGUGGCAGUUUGGCAAGCAAGUACAUACCAUCAUUGUUCACUCCAUAUCGCACAAAGAAGCAGCAAAAGUAUGCAACAUUCCAAACGUUCACAUGCAAUAGAGAAACAUCACAUGAGGCCCCGAGACACCAUGCUCCUUGUAGAAACAGCCAAACAAUCACUCGUAAUUUUUAUUUUGCGAUAUUUUGCAAAAUAACUCUCAUUUUCAACGAAAACCAUUUCCCGAAAACACUAUCUUUUAAAUAAUUACUUUAGAAAUUCACUAUUCAACGUAAUCACAAGUAAAAAUGAGCUAAUAAAACAAGAAAUAUUCGGCACGAAACUUGAGCGCAACAUUUAGUCGCGCCAUAUUUGAACUACUGAAUUUACAGUGCCCUCUCGCGCAUCUUUACGCGGUCAAUUCAAAAAUCGAUGCAUUUAAAUCGAAGCUCGUACCAUUUAUUUUGUUUGUUCGAUUCAAUAUUAUUAGAAAUCGAUUUGUGAUUACGCUAUUAAUUAUGCAUUUAAGUUCAAAUCGUGCAAAUAGAAAAAUAUAUGCACGAAAAUUAAGGAGAGAACAUGGUGUAUAAUCGGGAUAAAAAAUCGUGCCAAAAAUCCCCUUGCCACCGCGUAUCGCUUCGUCAUUAUAAUUGUACCACCCGUUGCCAUGACAAUAAAAGUUUGUAUCGUGUUGUAAAAUAUUGUAUCAUACGUAAAAUUAGAGUCGUUAAAUGCUGCCAAUAUGUCGUCCAUGAAAUGAGUUUGUUUGUAUGAAUUUAUUUAGGAUAAAGCAACUGUGAAACUCAAUCGCGUAUAAAUGGUUGCAAGUAAGCGGACGACAUCAUAUGAUGACAUCGAUCAGCAUACGACGCACGAUCCCUCAUCUUUUUUGUUUUUCUUUUUUUUUUUUUUUUUUUUUUUAAUUGUAUCGUUGCUUAGCAUUGCAAUCCUGUAAUUAUUUCAUUUUCUUCGAAUCAUGAAUCAUGAAAUCUAUCGAUUGAUUGAUUUGUCAGGCUGUGCGAAUCUGAUAGUCUGUCAUGAGACGCGUGAAAGUGUCUUUGUUUGUAUAAUGAGCGUAUGAGUAUUGUUGGAUGAAUAUAUAAACAACAA